GCUGUUAGUUAGUGAAUGUAGGUGGGCACAUGAAAUCGUAAAAAAUAAUCCAUUUUACCACAUUUGAUAUAAGCGGUGGCGUUAUUGAAACAGCAAUUUUUUUUUAUUUCAUAGCCGAGUAAUCACAUCAAACACUGCAGCGAUUUUGAUGAAAUUUAUGGAGCGAACCAAAGGCAACGUGGCCAAGUUUUCUUGAUGGGGUUUGCUCAUUGACUAAAAGAAAUCUUUGAAUAUUUUUAUUUUAUCUCAAUAACUAAACAAUUAACAUAUUGAACAUUAUCAUAUGUAUUUGUUACACAAUUUCUAUUGUGUAACAAAUACAGAUCAAUACAAUGAUGUUCAGAGAUAAUACGUUUCUUGUUACAGAAAGCAUGGAUGCCAUGGAAGAUGAUAACAAAAUUAUGACAGAAAAACAAGAAAGGGUGAGAAGAAGACUACGUACUGAUGAUCCAGAUUUUGCACCCCCAGAUGGAGGAUGGGGAUGCUUAGUACAUUCCCAAUGUUCCAACAAUUUGGGUUAGUCUUCAAAGACAAAUUGCAAGGUCUAGGGAUUUCAGAAACACAAACAACGACCAUAAUAAAUUUAACCUCGGCCUUCAACGCAGUUGUGGGUGGGUAUGUUCUUAUAUUAAUCCAAUGAGCUGACUUAUUGUGGCAGGUAGCUUACCUACCUCUUGCUAAGCAAACCCAUUUCUUUCUCAUUAUGUUUCAUUUCUACACUUUUUUCAAAAGGUUGCCAACGCUGUCACUUUACCACGCGUGGUGCUAGGCAAAGUCUGGCAAAACCGUCGUGUUUGUCGGCUCCCCCACCACCGAUCCUAACAACAAGCGCCUAUCUGCGACACUCAGUACCGGCCUGACAGACAAGCGUAGUUAUCACCCAUAUAGAAAUUCAUCGCCAGUUGAGUAAAGCAUAUGGAAAAACGUGUAUAAGAGUGAGGCCGUAUAUCUCCGAGAAAGUUGUGGCGAAGAUUGAGCAAAUCUUGCUCUAACCUUGGAACUAGCGGUUAAAAUUCCUGAGGCUUCUGAAAAAGCUGAGACGGGCAAUUUGACUUAAGCAAUUUGGCUGGGAAGUCAUUCCCCUACAACCAUGAUUUCCAUCUGUUUCCGAAAUUGACGCAGCACCUAGUCGGUCAACGGUUAGAGAUGGACGAGUAGUAGCAAGAAGUACUUACAAAGUUUCUAAACGGGCUGGCAGCGGACUUCCUUGAGGCGGGAGUGCAAAAUUGGAUUAUACGUCUGAAAAAAUGCAUAGAAAAAAUGGCGACUAUGUAAAAGAAUAGCUUAAAGAGUUACGUUCCCAAUGAUGAAUUUGUUUUUUAAAUAAAAAAAUCCUUAUGCCUGAGAAAAAUGUGGGAACCUUAUUUUUGAAACAGCCUCGUAUGAAUCAUCGAGAUUGUUACCUAGGUAUUGUUCGGACAUAAUGUUCACAUAAAAACUAAGGCUGACGUACUUAAAAACAAAACAAAUGUUAUAGAAAUCAUUGUAGAUUUAAGGUGAAAAAUGUUAGAAUUUCUGACCUAAUAGCUUCGUGACAUUGAUAUUCGCACAAUGGCCUAAAUAUCUUCAAAAUUUUGCAAUACUUUACACCAAAUUAACAUUUGUACAUUUUUCAGGAUUGGCUAAUGGCCCCAUAUUCAGGAAAUUCACCUUCAGACAAGUGUCGAUGGUAGGAUCUAUAUCAGUGGCAAUAUCUUUAUUUAUAUGUAUCUUUUGCACAUCGUUCUGGCUAUAUAUCAUAUUCUUUUGCGCAUGUUAUGGCGUAUCAUUCGGCAUAGUACAGUCAUCAAACGCACUAGCUUUGAAUACAUACUUCAAAACAAAGCGACGUAUAGCAACAGGAUUGUCAUGGACAACAACAGCGUUAGGACCGAUAGUUUGGCCAUACAUCAUCGUAUCUCUGAACGAAUUAUAUGGAAUGGAAGGGACGCUCUUGAUAUUCUCUAGUAUUGCACUGCACUCUUUUGUUGGUGCACUAUUAUUACAACCUGUAGAAUGGCACACGGCUUUUAAGGAGGAAGUUCCAGAAAAAUCAAAACUACUUGAUUCACAAAACGCUAAAGUUCAGUCGACUGAAGGCAAUUUGUCAAGGAUCAGUAGCAAAAUUUUUUCUAGUCAAUACUUUGCAUGUGCUGAAGAUGACACGGGAAAACCUGGCUAUGAAAUAGUAGGACCUGGUUCACCUAGGUUAUUUGCAGCCAAUGAUGGAUGGUACUCACAAAGCAGAUCCCAAGUGGGUUCCAGGCUAUCCCUUUCAUCAUACAAAGGAUCGAAACAAUCUACCUCAAACUCAGUCGCACCAUCAAUAAGACCAUCAUGUACCAAUUUAGCAGAAUACGAAAAAGAACGAAAAAAGGACAAACGAGAAAGAAAAGCGUCGACGAAUGUACUUGCAGUUACUAAAGAACUACCCGAAGACAACAUUAAUGAAGAAAAAGAACCACUAACUAUUCCUAUGUAUUCAGAAAUAUUUGUCUUGAAUAAAGCUGCCAAAAAGCUGGCUAAAUACAAGAAAGAUCUGAAAGAGAAAGAAUAUGCAAAAGUGGUCGAAAAUGAAACGGAACAGCUGAGCAUAUGGAGGAAGAUAUCCAUAUUCUUUGAUUUCGAAUUGUUCAAAGAUUCAGUCUACGUGAACAUUAUGCUGGGAAUGACCAUAGCCAAUUUCGUCGAGAUCAAUUUUUCCAUUCUUACGCCUAUUAUAUUGACAGAGUUCAAUUUUCCUAAGUAUGAAAUAGCAACCUUCAUGUCUUUGUUGGGCAUUACGGACAUCGUGUUUAGAUUCUCAAUUCCAUUCAUUGCUGAUAAAAUUGGCUGGAGCAACAGAACAUUCUUCGUUAUUGGCGUGAUGAGCAUGGCUUUGGGAAGAAUAAUUUUAGUUCACACACAAACCUAUGCAUUUGCCAUGAUAGUAGCUGUGAUAAUUGGAGCUGGAAAAGCUUUACGGACAAUUUUCCUGGCGCUUGUUAUCCCUUCUCACGUACCUUUGGAGAGAUUGCCAGCUGCAUCUGGCUUGCAACUAGCUGUGAGUGGGAUAAUAUACGUUACAUUUGGACCUUUAUUAGGUUGGAUUCGACAGUUGGUAGGCAAUUAUGUGAUAACAAUACACAUACUUAAUAUAUGUACUUAUGUUACCGCUAUUUCAUGGACUGUAGAAAGUAUUAUUAGGAGCAAGAAAAGUACACAUACUAAUAAAAUUUCAGCGUACCUGUGUUUUUCUCUGAGCUCCAUCAUAUAGCGAC